AUGCUAGGUAAGCAAUAUGAUGCGUUUGGCAACCUUCGCAAUUGGUGGAACGCGAACACUACGGAGGAGUUCGAGAAGCGAGCACAGUGUAUCAUCGAUCAAUAUGGGGGGAUUGAGGUGCCAGAUACUCCCCUGAAGCUUAAUGGUAAACUCACUCAGGGAGAGAACAUUGCUGACAUUGGAGGAUUGAAGCUAGCAUACCAGGUGAGUCACGAACAGCCUCACAAUGAAACCGAUCUGACCGACGCGAACCUUCUGCGCUCAUCGCAUUAA